AUGGCGGCAACAGCAGCGGCAGAGCAGCGGCCAGUCACGCCCAGGUCCUCCUCUCUCCCAAUCUCGUCCGUCCCUGAACAACCCCCCGCGUUGGACUUUCCUAGAGCGUCAACUUCCGGUGCUGCGCCGCCGUCAGCAGGCGCCGCCGCUGCACGGGGAAGCGCACCGGGAAAGGAGCUACGCAAGUCGCGAGGCGGCUCGAUGCUGCUCGACGAGAUGCUGCUGGAGGGGCCUCCGCUGGCAGUCAAGGCCGGGCUCGACCGGGGGAGGUCCGCGGAUGGAGAGGGCCCCGUUGAUGAUGGCGGCUCUGUGUAUCAGAGCCGUGCUGCUGGGAAAGGCAGCACUAAUGACCCUGGUGUUGCAGCAGCGAGAAUCGCCCAGAACAAGGCAGGAAGGGAGCAGUUGGCGGCCUACUCUCACUCCCGCCCUCGUUCCCACUUCCGUUCGCCCAGCUGCCAAUUACCACUUGACUCCCAGCAAAAACUCUCUUCGGAAUGCGAGGAUGAGGAGGAGGAAGUGGAGGAGGGAGAGACGCAGGACGCACAGCGAAGGGAGUGUUCACACGGGUCGGAUAUUUAUGGGGAUGAUGAUGCUAUGGGUGACGUCAGGGAAGCUGCUAUGGAUGACGUCACGAGUGAGGCCUGGAGAGGGGAGGAGGUGCAGGGGGAGGAGAGAGCGAUGAUGUCAGCAGCAGCAGCUGCCAUGCUGGACCUCGAGCUGUCUGACUCAGCAGAGGAAACUGCCACGGAAGAUGAAUGGAUAGGGUCAGGGCGAGGGAAAGGGAGCCGUGCGGCUGGUUUCAGUUCCGGUGGUUCUGCUCGUUUGGGUGGUUCUGGUGGUUAUGAUUGUUACGAUGGUUCUGGCCGUUUGGUUGGUUCUGGCCGUUUGGUUGGUUCUGGUAAUUCGGAGCAUUCCGGUGGUUCUCUUGGUGGUUUGCAUAUGGAUGGGGGGGGAGAGGGGGGAUCUUCACAAAGGCAACGAGAUGCCAGCCACCUUCAGAGCGUAUCAACUCCUCAAAGGUCGCGAGAAACGCACGCAAGUAGGCUGAAAUCGGGGCGUGCACAAGGCGAGAAGUUAGGGUUAGGCCACGUGUCAAUGUCACAAGGCCUGAAGCCAGGCCACAUUCGGAGCAGGUCAGUGGGUCAUGGUUUCGGGCACAGGGAGAUGGGCGACCGUCUCGGUAGCAUGGGAGAGGUGGAGAAGGAGGAGGGGGAUUCCCAUGAGUUGGCCGACGAGGAAUCUCAAGAGUGCGACCACAAGGGCUUGGAGAAGAGUGGAAGUAAAUCCGGAGGAAGCGGUUUCAAAGGAAGGGAGACUCGAGACGCCCGAUUGCUGACCUCUGUGGGUCGAUCGGGUGCAGAGGAGUGGCACGGGGAGGAGCCUUUUGAGUCGCCUGGAUUGGGCGUGGCUGAACGUGAGAGUGAUGGUUGGAAGGCUGGCCCGUUCACCCCUGUGAGGCGGCAUGGGCAGAAGGAAAUUUCGGCACAGCAGAAACGGCAGGAGAGGCAGGAACGGCAGGAGAGGCAGGAACGGCAGGAGAGGCAGGAACGGCAGGAGAGGCAGGAACGGCAGGAGAGGCAGGAGAGGCAGGAACGGCAGGAGAGGCAGGAACGGCAGGGGAAGAAAGGAGAAGGCGCUAGGGAUAAGGGCAGAGGGGAAGAGGGAGAGGGCAGCAAGGGCAAGAGCAGAGGGGAGAGAGAAGGGACGCUCCGGAGUAAGGGCUGGCGGAGUAAAAGCGUAGGGGGGGUUGCUGGAGAGGAGAGGGUAUUGAAUGGUUGGGGGCAGCAGGAGGACAGGGACGGGCGCAAGGUGAAUGAGAAGGGGAGUGGCAAGGGGAGGGCGGAUGGGGAGGAGGUGAGGGUUAAAGGAAAAUGGAAGGCGGGUGAAGAGGAGGUGAGAGAAGCUUGGGACGCAGUAGGAGUGAUGCUGAAGGUACGAAGGGAAGGGGGGAGACGGAAGGAUGCCGGAAGAGAGGAGAGGGGAAAGGGGCAGGAGAGGGAGGAGGUAAGGCGAGAUGGAGUAGAUGCAGAUGAUGCUGUUUGUACGGGUGAGAAGGGGAGUGCCCCUGCAACGGGUUGUGAUCCUGUUUUUGAGUCGACUCAAUUUUCUAGUCGACUCAAAAAUAAACUCACCGAUGCAGAUGAUGCCGUUCGUGGGGGUGAGAACGGAAUCGGCCCGGCAACGGGUAGUGAUCGGAGGGAGGGGAGCAGCAAGGAGGGAAGCAGGAGUAGUCACGGAUUCGGCAGUCGACGAGAUUGGGAAGGGGGAGACAAGAUGAUGGUUACGAAGGAACAGAGGCAGGGGCAGCAGCAGCAACAGCAGGAGCAGGAGCAGCAACAGCAGGAGCAGGAGGAGGCGCAACCUCCACCUCCACCUCCACCUCUAGCACAGUCACGGUCCAGGCUCACUCGCCUCCCCUCCGCCUCUCUGCUCGCCUUUCAUCUGGACACAGGCACCCCUCUCCCCCUCGCCUCAGUCGUCAUUCCCCCAGACAUUGCCGACUUUCUCGACACUGACCCCACGGGCAGCCUCAAACGGGCAGGUGAAAGUUUUCACCCAGGACUGGGUAGCAGAGGGGAGGGAACAGAGGAGAAUUCAGUCACUGUAGCUCCUGCUCCCGUUCGAGCUUGUACCGCACCAGGGGCAGCUACAAACGAAUCUUCUGGAGGACUUGCCCAUAGCCGCUUGGCACGAGUGCAGGCGGGGGAGGCAGGUGCUUCUGAGACUGAGAUGGUUCAAACAAGAAAGGAUGCUUCCCCAGCAGGGCCAGAGGAGGGGAUGGGAAAGAGCUUGACUGUGAAAGAGGGGGCCAUGAGGAAGGGGCUUCUUUCUGGCACGCUGGCAGAGCUUGGGAGGGGUAAGGAGGGAAGGGAGGGGAGGGAGGGGAGAAAAGGGCAGGGGAAGGAGGGCACAGAGGGGAAGGAGGACAAACAGGGGAAGCAGAGGCAGGAGGAGGGGAAGAAAGGGCUUUAUCUUCGGUCGGGAUCGAUUGGGUUAACUUCACUGCGUGCCGGGGCAAGGGAGGGGGCGCUACAGGGGAGCGGGGAGGGGCAGGGACAGGUGCAGGGCGAGGGGGAAGGGGAGGGAGUGGGAGGGGAGGAGGAGGAUCCGUUGGUGCAGCACGUGGUGAUUCGGCGCGACCUGAUAGAAGCGUUGCAGUGGCCGCUGGGGUCGGUGAUCACUCAUGGCUGCCAUGCGAGUGUGGUUGUGCUGUGGCAGCACCGCCAUCACCCCAACGUGCUCAAGUACUGUGGCCAGCUCAACUCCAUGCGCAAGGUGACACUGGAGGUGAAGGGGGUGGUGCAGCUAUUGAAUCUGUCCAAGAAGCUGCAGGAGGCGGGUAUCACUCACCGCGUGUGA